AUGGGCACCUUCAGUCCUGGCGUGACCAUCAUCCUCGCCGCCGUUGCAUUACUCCUCCUCAUCUGUUUCGCCUGGGCCAUCUACGCCCAUCUGAUGCCAUACCUACGGCACCCUCGAAGUAGGCCCGUCCUGACCCUACCACAACAAAACACACAACAGCCCGAUGUCAAGAACCGCCAGGCCGAGCUGAGAAGGUCUCUGUACGGCACGCCGCAUCUGCUGUUCCAAGAGCCGAGGAAUGAUAUUUCAGACUACUAUACCUUGCAGCACUCCCACUCCUAUUUUUCGACGCAUGCUUUGGACUUUUCGCGACCUCCGUCGUCCUCGGCCCUUCUUUCUGGAGAUAUUCACUCGUCUUUACUGCAGCGGUGCUGGCAAUGCCACUGGGACGGGAUCCGGGUCGAGUUCAAGACCAAAAUCACGACGUUACGAUUCCUCCACGAGCCUGAAAUCUCUGAAAUCCCAGAACCGCAGAUCCGCGCCUCCGCUUGUAACCGAAAUGCCCAAGUCCAAGCCCAUGGCAUGGCCAUUGCCGUUGGCACCAGACUUUCGUCUGUCCCUGCCGAGUUCACCAUCGCCUUCACCUUCACAUCGAAACGCCUCUAUAUCCGAUUUGAUGCCGGCCUUUCUGUCACCGUCGCCGUAUACGCGUGGUCCAGCAAUGUCCGCUACGACGUUCAUGAAUAG